AUGAUUCACCUGAAUGAAGGUUAUUUUGGAUCUCUUGAAUUUCAUGCUGGAGAUAUUGCUAUUAUUGUUCUACAAAAUAGAGUUUCUUUUAGUAAUGGUGUUGCACCUGUUUGUAUCGAUUGGAGUGGUAAAUACAAUGUAGUCAAUGGAGAUCACGGAAAGAUUGUUGGUUGGGGAAAAACUGAAAAAGGCAUUUCAAGUCCUAUUUUAUUAGAAGCAUCUUUACCAUACAUUGACCAUAGUUCUUGCCGGAAUAUGUAUACAAACGGAUUUGAAUUAUUUGUGACUGUUGAUAAAUUUUGUGCUGGUUCUGAAUUGGUUUCAGGACAAGCACUGGGUGAGGGAGAUAGCGGUGCAGGCUUAUGCUUUUUAUUCUCGGGUUCUUAUUAUUUAACCGGAGUAGUGAGUAUAAAGGAUCCAAAUACAAAAAAUUCAAUCUCUGUUUUCACGGAAGUUAAAUAUCACAUGCGAUGGAUUCGUGGGGUGUAUAAUAAGUAUAUCUUAGUCUAACGAGAUUAGAUAGGGUAAUGUUUUUAAAAUAAUUUAUUCAUAAUUGUGAUUGCAAUCAAUAUUUGUAUUAAAAUGUUUUUACUUAUGUGUAACAAUUUUAAACAGCAUAUACAAUUCUCACUAUUAAUCACUACUCGGGCAUUAUAUAAUAUGUAUAUAUAAUUGACACAUUAAAUUCGAACAGUUUUUACAAUUUACCAA